AUGCCGGAUGCGGCGCUCGACUCGGCCGUGGAGUUCGCUGUGAAGCGGGUGAUGGAGCAUGCGGACUUUGCGGGGAAGUUCAAGCAUCCGGUGAAGUUCAACGGCACCGACUUCGUGGAGCAGCGGCUCUCCUCGGAGCAGCAGCUGGCGGAGGUCACCCGCAGCGCGUGCCGGCAGAUGCACGUGUUCCUGGAGCGGUACGGUGGCAUGCUGGGGGCCGAGGAGACGUCGGCGCCGUGGAUGGACAAAGCUUACAUCGCGCUAGUUGGGUGGAUGAAACCCGAUUUGCGCCAACUAGCGCCAGAUUCUGUCCACCCACAGAAGAGAUAG